UUCACUCCUCACCCGUUUAUCGGAUGAUCCUCCAGUAGGACAGUCUGUUCCAAAAAAACAACAAUACAUCACCACGGAUGUAUUAACUUAUAUCCCCUUUAGAUUUAAACCUUACGAGCGACAUAACAUCGUGAAUGGAGUAUAUCAUCCCGCAAAAGGUCAGUUUUUCACCCGUACCAUCGCCUCCGAGGAUAUUUGAUCCUCAGCUGCAGGAGGAGCGCCGUCGAGCCGGAUAUUUUUCUCCACAGUCAUCCGAUCUGACACCAUAUCCAAUGAAUACAGCCUAACAGCCGUCAUACCGCGCGGACACGUGCCUUUUCCACAGGACACGAAAAUGGCAGUUUUUAGCUCACAGGUGCUUCUAGCUGUAACGAGAUCAAGGGGAUCCUACUUACUUUCUAAAAGACACGGUUGUGCUUCACUCCCGUCGACUGCAUGCAUACGCUACCAUUCAGAGUUCAUCAGCCAGGUGGCCAUCACAGCCAGGUGUCCCAGGCCGCUGUACCCCUGUUACACAUCCAGCUUCAUCCGUCCUGGUUGCAUAGCUGCACGUCCCCUCCACAGUUCUUGUGCUUGGCUUCAAGAGGUGAAGGACAGCCCUGAACCUGUCAAGGGUGAUCCUGUCCCCGCCGCCUCAGGCACUCAACCACCUGCAGCACCACCAUCAGUGCCAAGAAAGUCCCUGGGACAGAAAGUCCUGGAUGAGCUCAAGCAUUACUAUCAUGGCUUCCGCCUCCUGGGAAUUGACACCAAAAUUGCAGCCAGGAUGGUCUGGAGGUUACUGCACGGACAGCAGCUCACCCGGAGGGAGAGGAGGAGGCUGAUGCGGACAUGUGCCGACUUGUUCCGGCUUGUGCCCUUCAUGGUCUUUGUCAUCGUUCCCUUCAUGGAGUUUCUGCUCCCCGUAUUCCUCAAACUCUUUCCAGAAAUGCUGCCUUCUACAUUUGAGACAGAGUCCAAGAAGGAGGAAAAACAGAAGAAGGGUCUCGCUGCUAAACUAGAGCUGGCCAAGUUCUUACAGGAGACCAUCGGUGAGAUGGCCAGGAGGAACAAAGCAGCCGUUGGAGACGAGACUCAGAAGUUCUCCACUUACGUGCAGCAGGUGAGGCACACUGGUGAACAGCCCAGCACUAAAGACAUUGUGAAGUUCUCCAAGCUGUUUGAGGAUGAGCUGACGCUGGAGCAUCUGGAGCGGCCGCAGCUGGUGGCCUUGUGCAAACUGCUGGAGCUGCAGCCCAUCGGCACCAAUAACCUGCUGCGUUUCCAGCUGAUGAUGCAGCUGCGCACCAUCAAGGCUGACGAUGAGAUGAUCUCCAAGGAGGGUGUCGCUGUAAUGACCGUGGCCGAGCUCCAGGCCGCCUGCAGGAGUCGUGGCAUGAGAUCUUUGGGUCUGACCACAGAUCAGCUCCGACAGCAGCUGCAGCAGUGGCUGGACCUGCACUUGAAAGAGAACGUCCCACCGUCCUUGUUGCUGCUCUCUCGUGCAAUGUACCUGACGGACCUCACUCCUAAAACUCCAGUCAUCCCACCGGUGCCCAAACUGGAGAAAGCCACUCCUCCUCCUGUGGAGGCCGAAACCUCAGCCAAAGAGAAUCCGCUGUCGUCCUCUGUGGAGGCGCUGGUGGACUCUGCUCCGGUCAUCAAAGACAGAAAGUCUGAAGAACUGUUGGAGAAACCCAGGGGGUUGGACAUGCCAUCACCUGAAGCUCAGUUAAUACAUGCUAAAGAAGCAGAGUUGUCACAGAAGUCCAAGAUAAGCGCCAAUGGGAUUUGAGAGGGGCUCAGGGUUUCCUCCAUCACCUUAUUCUGUUGGAGAAGAGCGUGGAGCUUCUGGUUCGGCCUCUUCCACCGCUGCUGCUUCUGCGGAGGGAGCGUCUCUCUCACAGUCCAGGAUUUCAGAGGCCUUGCUGUCUCGCACCUCUCAUACACACUUGAUGGACUACUCGCAUCACAUCCUCCAACAACAUCUGAAUUUAGACAUCACUCCAGCUUGACAUCCGACAUGUUUACAUCUCCCAUCCCCUGAAGAUUUGACAAAUAAUGCAAAUUUGAAACCGGAAAAAGAAACUGCAACUCGGUCCAGCCAGAAAAUGAACAAGGACUCACAAGACUUGCCACUCUUUGCUAAUCUUCAUUUUGUAAAUGUGUAAAUAAAAUGUACAGAACCUGCAUAUUAUAUAAGUGCUACUGCUUUAUACAGUCGGCUGUGUCAUAUGUGUGGGUGAAAGAAGUCAUAUUUUAUUAUCAGGAAUGCAUAUGUUUGCAUUCUGGAUUUAGGUUGGCAGAUGAAAUUGUAAAUGGUCAAGUAUUUUUAUUUUUUGAAAAUUUCUAAUUCCCUUUUCUAAGGGAAUUUUACGUUCACUCCCUCAGGAGAUGUGAUUAGCGGUGUAGCGAUUACGCAAGGCCUGUCUAUGACAGACUGCAGUUUGGCACAAAAACUAGCUGUUGAAUUAGUUCAUAAUCAGCUAUGUCCUCCUUUCAAUCAUGGGUUGAAGUUUUUCCUUGCCGGAAAAUGACUAUUGGAGUCCUUAAGUUUACGUUUCACUUAAAAAUAAUGGAACAGAUGUUUGUUUUUGAUUCACUGUGGCACUGGAUAAACCACUGGUAGGGAAAACAAUAUAGUAUGCAAAACUGUAAAAAUUUUUAUUUAAAAAGCAUUGAAUCCCUCAGAUAAUUGCUUUGUUUAUCCCAUAAUCUGCCUGUAACUCGACUGUUAACUAUUGGCUGAAUUUGUUGCGUAUUUAAACCGACCUGUCCCAGUCUUUCCUGAUGCACUUUUUCAUGUUGAUCAAAAGUGUAAAAUUGAAAAAUGAGUUUGAAACUGCCUGUCAUUACAUUAAACGGUGUCCCAUCUUGUACUGUACAGUCAGAAAGUAAAGGUGCUCAAUGCUCAUACCUCUUUUAAA